AGACCCUCAAAGAACCGGAUAUUGAAAUCAAUGCAUUUAAUUGGUUAAACUGAGGGAAACUUAACUCACGCUGUAAUAAUUUAAUUAUUUAGCAAAAAUUAUUUCCCUACCCCUCCUAGUGGUCAAGUCGACGCUCCCAUUCUAUUGAACCCAUGGAAAUGUGACGUAAGGACCCUAAUGUUAUUUUUUUUGUCAACCAUACCGAAAUCCUUGCCUAUGUAGACGAGGGAGAACAUUGGCGCCAGUCGCUUCGUAGUGUAUCGAACAGACUACAGCGCACUUGUUGUAGGAAGGACGACCGCAAGUUGCGCAAGACGCAUCUAUUGACAAGCAUAUCAUUGGGAUCUAUGCUACUGGAACCGUGUUCGCAGUAGUGUUUAUAUUAUUGCCUUUAUCCGACUGUUUUUUUUCUUUCAUUUUCUAAAGUGAUAUGUUGUUUCCAUGGGAAGCUUAGCUUGCAAUAAAAAACGCUUUGACUUCUACCUCAACCCAACGGUAACCCAAACGAAAAAGGACACAUGCAACAUCCGACAGAUGAACUGGCUCACACUGGCGAUGUGAAGUGUGUUAUGUGAAGCCAAGGUGUCAUCCCACCGUGCAGGUGGUGGGGAGUAAUGCUACACUCUGUUGCCAUGACAGCGGAAGUCCUUUUUGCCGUGUGGUUUCUCAUGACCGGCACUCAGUGUAACCCUGUGGCGGACUUGUCAGUGAGCCGAGAGCACUUGGAGCGUGUCCUGACCCAGGCCAGGGAGGACAAGCAGCAGGCCUUGGAGGGGGGACUUGUCUACAGCACCCAGGAGCGUCUAGAGGAGAUCAGCUUCUUGGCCCUGGAGGCCAAGAGGGCAGCCGGCAACAGAACCUCUGUCGACAGAUCCAGGCCAGAUGCCACCACACAGAAACGAGGCACAUCGUGGGAGGAACGGGAGGGGGGCAUGGGCCGAAUAGACGACGGGCCCACGAGUGAAACAAACCUUAGUCUCGACACUAUCGACGAGUACGCCUAUCCAGAUUACAGGGGUAAGGGCUGCAUGGACGAGAGUGGCUUUGUGUUUGCAAUUGGGGAGAAGUUUACACCGGGGCCCUCCACAUGCCCUUGCCUCUGUACGGACGAGGGACCCCUGUGUGCCAAGCCCGAAUGUCCCAAAGUUCACCCUCGCUGCAUCCGGGUGGACACCAGCCAGUGCUGUCCCGAGUGCAAAGAAAAGAAGAACUACUGUGAGUUCAGGGGGAAGGUCUAUAAAAUGCUGCAAGAGUUUAAGGUGUCUUCUUGCGAGAGGUGUCGCUGUGAGGCGAGCGGAGAGGUGCUGUGCUCGGUUUCAGCUUGUCCUCAGACAGAGUGUGUGGACCCAGAGUACGAACCUGAUCAGUGCUGUCCCAUCUGUAAGACUGGGCCAAACUGUUAUGCUGACACACAAGUGAUACCAGCUGGCCGCGAGGUGAAGAUUGAUGAGUGUACAAUUUGUUACUGCACGUAUGAGGAGGGCACGUGGCAGAUUGAGCGCCAGGCCACCUGCAGCAAGAAUGAAUGCUAGCAGAGCUAGAGACUGGCCCUGACAUUGGGCACGGCAGCAGAGGCUACAGGGCCCAUUGGCGCUGCUAGUCAGCAGGCAACUCAAUGCUAGGCUGGAUAAACCAAAUUGAACGCCGGUGAGCAUGAACAGCGGUGACCCCGGUGUUCUGUCUGGUUUAACCUGGCUUACUCAACACAGCCUUCACCCAGUCUAAACCAGACUUCAGGGUCACUCUCCAGACCAUAUGCUUUUUGCAUUUAUAAUCACAUGUAUUAUGAAAUGAAGAUUUGUAUGAAGAUUUGUAAUCCACGUAUGCCUACAGAAUAUCUAUUUAUAUAUGUACUGAAUUAUUUAUGGCGAUGUAUAGGGGGAAAAAAGAUCAACUAGCCAAAAGAUAUUUUUUAUAGGCACUGUAUUUUAUUAAACUGCGAUGUAUUGGGUUAGAGAUCAAAUAAACAUAAUGGAAUGUAUAGAAUCCUUAUUAUUCAACUGUCUGUGGUUUAUGGAGGUAGAUCUCAUAGCCUGCUAAGAUGUGGUGUCCUUGACACAAUGCCUGUAGUGAACCAAUGGGUAAGGUUUCGAUAUGACAAUUGUACACAAUAUUGAAAAUAACUUAGUUUGCUGUAGUGAAGAAAUGUAAGAAAUGACUUGACUGUUUAACAAUUUUGUUGUCUUUUUACCAUUUCAACGUGUUUUUGAUUUUAUGUGCAUUUUGUAAGCAGUUCUCUUUGUAAUUAUGUAUUCAUGUUUAAAAUAAACAGCAACCUGCGCACUGUA